AUGACUUUCAAAACGAACUGCCUGGGAAGAGACAAGGCAGUGUACACCUGGACGGCUCUCGCCAGCUUGCCGUGUUAUCCACACCUCGACGAGGGCAGCUGCCAGAACAAGACGAACUAUACGAACGCCCGCCAGAUGUGCAGAAGAAGAGGCUACGACUUGGUUGACUUUCAUGCCUUCGCCAUCCUAAAGCUUGGCGUGCGCUACUGCAUGGAAGCAUUGCUCAACGAGAUGAUAGCGAGCAGUUACAGCAGCCCUAUCACAAUAUGGACAUCGUUCAAGAGGAAAGACCAGUAUACCAUUUACAAGCAGGGCAAGAACGACUUAAGAGAAGAAUUACAUGAUAGACAUGGAACAAGCCAUCAUGAUGUCAUCUGCGAAGCCAAGUGGGUCCACAUCAACGACUCAGUAUACGCCGCUGCAACACCAGCACUCACAACCAAUAUCACUGAGCAGUUUGCAGAGGAGGCAUGUCGGCAGUACGGACUUCACCUCAUAACCGAGGACUGGCUGCAAACACAUCACAGUGUAUUAUUUCGAGAGCCCUGGCUAAAGAAGUUGGCUAUUCUUCAUAAGCCUCGGAACGCACCUUUCCACGUGAAACCAAUCCGGGUGAACGGCCGCUCCCUUUACAGAACCGUAACAUUUAGACAGCCAAACAGUCUGAUGUAUCAAAACACCACAAGCACUAUGCGUGCCCGAAUCCUCUGUGUCAAGUUCUGUGAGAACGGUGUUCUUGCGCCAAACCUGAUGACUUGUAUGUGUAACCGUACCACAUCAUACGGAGAAUAUUGUGAAAAGGAGUGCAAGUGUUUGAACCAGGGUCAGUGUGACGACAAGGGUAAAUGCAUCUGCCCGAAGCGAUUCACAGGAAGCCAUUGCCAAGAAGUUGUUACAUGCGCUACUCCAUUAGCGCCUACUUUUGGCAGUUUCUCUCUACCGGCUGGUGUAUCAAGCUUUGUCUAUAAUACAGUGGGAACAUUUGUCUGCAAUCCCGGCCAUCGCCUUGUCGGCGAUGCCACCACACAGUGUUUAGCCCAUGGUGAUGUCAGCAGCACACCGCCCAUUUGCCAGAACGUCAACGAGUGUAAUAAUCCCACAUUGCAUACAUGCGAUCAAAACGCGUUGUGUAGUGAUGUGAUUGGCACGUUCACCUGCAAGUGUUUGGUGGGAUACAUUGGCGAUGGCAAACGUGGAAACUGCCAGAACAUUGAUGAAUGUUUGCCGGCUAGCCCAUGCCAUGUGGAUGCUAGCUGCAUUGAUAAUGAUGGCGGAUACAUGUGUCUGUGCAAGUCAGGUUACCACGGAAAUGGAAUUCAAUGUCAAGCAUGCAAUUGCUUGAAUCACGGUCAGUGUACUGAAGAUGGCACCUGCAACUGCCGGAAAGGAUUCCACGGAGACAAGUGCCAGCAUAUUGUGUGCACAAAUCCCUGGGUGAAAAAGAACAAAGCAUGUGAAUGUAAACCGAGACCAGACGGACCCAUCUGCACAGAAGUGUGCAAUUGCUUGAAUGAUGGUCAGUGUACUGAAGACGGCACCUGCAACUGCCGGAAAGGUUUCCAUGGAGACCAGUGUCAACAUGCUUUCAAGACAAAGUGCCUGGGUACAGAUAAGGCAAUGUACACCUGGAUGGCUCUUGCCAGCUUGCCAUGUUAUCCACAACUCGACUAUGGCAGCUGCCAGAAGAAAACGAACUUCGUGCACGCCCGCGAGAUGUGCGUGAGAAGAGGAUACAACGUCGUAGACUAUAAUUCCUUCACUAAGCUUGGCUUGAAGCUGGGUGUUAGCGACUGCAUAAAAUCAUUGCUGAGCGAGAUGAUGGCUAGACGUAACAGCAGUUACAGCACCCCUCUCAAGAUAUGGACAUCGGAAAUGUACUUUGGUCAACAUCUUAUUUACAAGCAAGGCAAGGACAACUCGAGCGACGCACUAUUUGACGGGGAUGGAAGAGGCAAUCAUGAUGUCAUCUGUGAAGCCAAAUGGCUCCAGGCCAACGGUUCUGUACACGCCGCAGCAACUCCAGCACACAGACCCAGCGUGACUGAGCAGUUCGCAGAGGACGCAUGUCAGGAGUACGGACAUCAUCUCAUUACCAAGGAGUGGCUAGAAGAACAUGGCCAUGUGUUAACAGAGCGCUGGCUAGAGAAGUUGGCCUUAUUGCAUAAACACCAGCAAGCACCUUACCACGUCGCGUCAAUCCGAGUCAAUGGCCAUUCCCUUUACAGAACCGUAAUGUUUAGCGCGCGAAAGCAGACGUUUCAGAACGCCACAAGCAAAACUCAAGCCCAGAUUCUCUGUGUCAAGACGUGUGAGACCGGUGUUCUUGGACCAGACCUGAGUUGUGUAUGUAACCGCACCUCAACCUAUGGUCAAUAUUGUGAAAAGGCAUGCAAGUGCUUGAAUCAGGGUCAGUGUGACAACAAAGGUGAAUGCAGCUGCCCGAAAGGAUUCACCGGAGACAAGUGCCAACUCGUUGUGUGUACACAUCCCUGGGUGAAAAAGAACAAAGUAUGCGAAUGUACGGCCAGACUAGAUGGACCUAACUGCACAGAAGCAUGCAAAUGCUUGAAUGACGGCCAGUGCACCAAAGAUGGCACCUGCAUCUGCCGGAAACGUUUCCAUGGAGAUCAGUGUCAGCACACUUUCAAGACAAAGUGCCUGGGUACAGAUAAGGCAAUGUACACCUGGAUUGCUCUCGCCGGCUUGCCGUGUCAUCCACACCUCGACGGUGACAGCUGUCAGAAGAAAACGAACUUGACGCAUGCCCGCCAGAUGUGCAAGAGAAGAGGAUACGACGUGGUAGACUAUAAUGCCUUCACCAGUCAGAUGCUUGGCGUGAGAGACUGCAUGGAAGAAUUGCUCAACAAGAUGAUGGCAAGCAAUUUCAACAACCCUAUCACAAUAUGGACAUCUUUCUUGAGGGAUGGCAAGCAUGUCAUUUACAAGGAGGGCAAGAACAACUUAAGAGAAGAGUUACAUGAUAGUAGUGGAGCAAGCCAUCUUGAUUUCGAGAUGAUGGCGAGCGGUGACAGCAACCCUAUCUCCCUAUCGUCAGGGCAAGAACAAGUUAAGAACAAGUUGAGAGAAGAGUUACAUGAUAGUAGUGGAGCAAGCCAUCUUGAUGUCAAGAUGAUGGCGAGCGGUGACAGCAACUCUAUCUCAAUAUCGGCAUCGCUCGAGGAGGAUGACCAAAAUAUCAUGUACCAGCAGGGCAAGAACGAGUUAAGAGAAGAGUUACUUGAUAGUAAUGGAGCAAGCCAUCAUGAUGUCAUCUGCGAAGCCAAGUGGCUUCACGCCAACUCCUCAGUAUACACCACAGCAACGCCAGCGCUGAGGCCCAACGUCACUGAGCAAUUCGCAGAGGAGGCAUGUGAGCAGUACGGACUUCACCUCAUAACCGGGGCCUGGCUGCAAGCACAUGGCUAUGUAUUAAGAGAGAGCUUCCUAGAUAGAUUGGCUAUUCGGCAAGCACCUUAUCACGUCAAACCAAUCGUGGUGAACGGCAACUCCCUUUACAGAACCGUAACGUUUAGCGAGGGAAAACAGAGGUUUGUGAACACCACAAGCAAUCACCGAGCCCAAAUCCUCUGUGUCAUGUGCAAGUGUUUGAACCAGGGUCAGUGUGACGACAAAGGCAAAUGCAUCUGCCCGAAGGGAUUCACCGGAGACAAUUGCCAGAAGGUUGUGUGCACACAUCCCUGGGUGAAAAAGAACAAAGUAUGCGAAUGUAAACCCAGACUAGAUGCACCUAAGUGCACAGUAGCAUGCAAUUGCCUGAAUAAUGGUCAGUGUACUGAAGACGGCACCUGCGUCUGUCCGACCGGAUUCCACGGAGACCAAUGUCAGGACAAUUUCAGGACAAAGUGCCUGGGUACGGACAAGGUGAUGUACACCUGGACGGCUCUCGCCGGCUUGCCAUGUUAUUCAGGCAGCUGCCCGAAGAUAACCAGUUGGACGAAAGCCAGAGACGCAUGCAGUGAUAGGGGAUAUCAGCUGGUCGACUUUAAAACCUUCACCUUGCUCGGCUCAAAGCUUGGUGUGCGUGGCUGCGUAGAGUCAUUGCUCCACGAGAUGAUGGUGAACAGUAACAGCAGCCCGAUCACGAUAUGGACAUCAUCCGAGUACAAUCGUCGGCGUAUUAUUUACAAGCAGGACAAGAACAAAUCGAGUGGUGCAAUAUUUAGUGUUCAUGGGUUCGGCCGUCACAAUGUCAUCUGCGAAGCUCAAUGGCUCCAUGCCAACGAUUCUGUAUAUGCCGCAGCAACUCCAGCACUCGGACCCAGCGUGACUGAGCAGUGCGCAGAGGACGCAUGUCAGCAGUACGGACUUCGCCUCAUAACCAAAGACUGGUUACAAGAACAUGGCCAUGUGUUAAGAGAACGCUGGCUAGAGAGAUUGGCUUUAGAUAAGUCCGACGGAUUAGGUUACCACGUCGCGCCAAUCCUGGUCAAUGGUCAGUCCCUUUACAGAACAGUAAAAUUUAGCAGACAACAUGUGACGUUUAAGAACGAAACAAGCCAUGAGGAUGCAAAGAUUCUCUGUGUCAAGUCCUGUGGGAGCGGUGUUCUUGCACCGAACAUGAGUUGUGCAUGUAACCGCACUAUGUCCUACGGUGAAGAAUGUGAAAAGGCAUGCAAGUGCUUGAACCAAGGUGAGUGUGAUGACAAAGGUGAAUGCAGCUGCCCUAGGGGAUUCACCGGCCACCAUUGCCAACUCGUUGUGUGCGAGGAACCCUGGGUGAAAAAGAGCAAAGUGUGUGAAUGUCAACCGGGACUAGAUGGACCCAACUGCACAGAAGCAUGUAAUUGCUUGAAUGACGGUCAGUGCACUGACGAUGGCAGUUGCAAUUGCCGGAACGGUUUCCAUGGAGACAAGUCGAGUCCACCCCGUGCCAAGCCGGCAACUCAGCAGCCCCCUUGCCAUGGCAACAGCUCAUCGGCCACCCAUCUGCCGGCACUCCACCAGGAAAGACGACUGGCGACGCCGCUGAUACGAGGCCCGGCACCCGCGGAAACAGGUGACGGCCCACCGAAGUAA